AUGCAAGGUUUGGUUGAAGCUUUGAACUCAGUGGUUCCUGAAUGUGAAAUUAGGUUCUGCUGUAGACAUAUAUGGGCGAACUUCAAGAUCAAGUUCCCUGGAGAGUUGUUCAAACAACACUUUUGGAGUGCAGCCAGAGCCUACAACAAGAAUCAUUUUGAUAGAGAAAUGAAUGUAAUAAAGAAUAUCUCUAUUGACGCAUAUGCAUAUCUAGCUGCUAUUCCUGCAAAACAUUGGGCUAGGCAUGCUUUUUGUAGUAGGAGUAAGUCUGGGAUGUUAUUGAACAAUAUUUGUGAGGCAUUCAACAAUGUGUUAGUAGAAGCAAGGGCGAAGCCUAUAAUUUCUCUAAUGGAGUGGAUUAGGAGAUAUGUAAUGCAACGAAGCGCAGCCAAAAGGGAAGGGUUGAGUAACUUUCAAGACUGUUACGUUGUAAACUUGGCCAAUAGAACUUGCCAUUGUGGAAGUUGGGACCUUAUAGGGAUUCCUUGCAAACAUGUCGUUGCUUGUAUUGUGCUUAGAAAAUUAGAUGCCAAAGACUUUGUCCACGAGGCGUAUCUCGUAGAAACUUAUCGAAAAACGUAUAGUCCAAAGUUUUAUGGUAUGCCAGGACACAAAAUGUGGCCAACAACCACUUUAGCCAAACCACUUCCUCCACCAUAUAGAAAGAUGCCUGGAAGGCCUAACAAGAGGAAAAGAAAGAAGGAAGUUGGUGAAGGUAAAGGAGGAAAGAAGGCUGCAUGUGCUAUUAAAGAAUUCAAGCAACGGAGAUGUGGUAAUUGCGGUGAAGUUGGUCACUACAAAAAGGGCUGCAAAAAUCAACCUAAACCACCACCAACAAAGACCAAGUCAAAAGGUGGAAGGCCUAAAAUGGGAUCUUCUUCUACUCAACAAUCUACAACGAAUGAUGUGCCUAGCUCCAGUGAUCAACAACAAACGCAGUUAAAUGCAUCUACUUCAUGUGUAAUGGAUCAAAAUAGUCAAAUAUAG